CAGCAGCAUCCGCCUCAGCUCAACGGUCAAAAAUCUCUUCCAAUUUGAAUAUCUCUCCUCCCAAACGGUCGGCUCCGGAGCGGCGCCCGGACGAACACAUGGCGGCGGCGAUGGCGACGACGGCGGCGGCGGCGGCGGAAGAGGCGGUGGUGGCGCUCGACAAGGAGACUCUGAUGCUGAUGGGGUGCGGCGACGCCCCGCCGGCUGCGCCGUGCGCGGAGUGGGAGACGUUCAAGGAGAACGUGCGGCCGCUGAAGCGCGGCCGCAACGUGGGCCUCCUCAACCGCGCCCUCAAGGCGCACGCCGACCCCGCCCAGCGCGCCGCCCUCCUCGCCGCCCGGAGGAAAAUGAUCGAGGCAAUCGACGAAUACAGCGGCGAGGAUCCGCUCCAACCAUGGAUAGACUGCAUCAAAUGGGUUCAGGAGUCGUUUCCGACAGGCGGGGAUUGCUCCGGGUUGGUGGUGAUCUACGAGCAGUGCGUGCGUGCCUUCUGGCACGACGACCGCUACAAGAACGAUCUCCGCUACCUCAAAGUGUGGCUGGAAUAUGCGGGGAAUUGUGCUGAUUCCGAGGUGAUAUUCAGGUUCCUGGAGGCCAACCAGAUUGGUCAGAGCCAUACCAAUUACUACUUGUCCUAUGCGUCGGUAAUGGAGUCCAAGAACAAGCUAAAGAAAGCUAAUGAGAUUUUUAACCUUGGUAUUGCCAGGAAAGCAAAGCCUGUGGAGAAGUUGGAAACUACAUACAGGGCAUUUCUUCAGAGAUCAUCCAAAAAGAAGGCACAUCCUGAGGAUGACACAACUACUGAUGAUCAUCCAGUACGCAACUUUGGGACUGUCUUGAACCGUGGUGAAAUCAGAGGCCAGCAUGCAGAAAACUCUCACCUGGUGAAAACUCUGCAAAGAGUUGAUGUCAAUAGGCCACUUGCAGUUUACACAGAUGAGAAUUCGUUACCUAGUCAUGGCCUUGCUAGAACCAGGAGCAACAACACGGCCUGGCAGACCCUUGGAUCACAAGCAGAUCGGAACAAAGAAAAUAACAUGAGGCCUGCUAAAUGGACAUCACACAAGAUUCCUCAGAAGGUUGGAUCGAGGGCAGCAGUUCAGCCGACUCGUGUAAGCUCCAUUGAAGUCUUCGUAGAUGACGAAUGCGCCGAGGAACCAGUUCCCCAAGUGCCAAAGAGUACAAAACCAUCUAUUCUGAAGCUUAGGCAAGCAACAAGCAGAAACCUCAAGCAGGAAACUGAACUGCUUAUGGAGAAUCCUCUGCGGAAUUUCCCUCUAACCAGCCUUAGAUAAUCAAUAUUUAUGUGGUGUAAUGCUGUAUUUCGAUCUUCUUUUACCAAUUUAUUGUUUGAGUGUUUGUGACAUUAUGCUGAAAUAAGCUUUAGCCUCUAAAGCUUAGGCAGGCAAAGAGCCUUUUUAGGCUAUCCAUGAGUGUUGUAAUAUUGCACAAUAAUUUGAUUGAUAAAUCCUCGACGAGGGUUGGGGGUGCUUAA